AUGUUGUCGCCCAUGUGUAGAACAUGUCGCGAUCGUCGCGUCAAGUGCGAUGGCGCUCAACCGGGACGCACGCCAUAUCGAGCCAUUGGUGUCGAGUGCCUGGGCUACGGUAGCGCCACUGCCGCCGCGUGGGAAUCGGACGACGAGGAGAGCGACCGCGACGAGGAUGGGGAAGAACAGGGAGGAGAGCUGAUGCGACUCAGCCCGGAUCCCGUACCCGUUCAGCGCGACGACGGCACCAGCAGUAGCAGCAGCGGCGGCCACGGGUCCGCCCAUAUCCCGUAUGAUCCCAUCCCGCCGCAAUAUACUGAAGCUCAAAUGAUCUACGAUGGCAUUCAUUACUAUAAUGAACGCGUUAGUGGGGAUCUGAUAUCCAUCGCAUCGCAUUUCAAUCCAUACCAGGUCAGCCUCAACAGGAUCGAUAAGAUACCCGACAUCUAUGUCCGACUUCUCGUCACCUGCGCAACCCUUCAUCGGGCAAUGCAACAUGAUACCUCCUCCAGCAGAUCUUCGGCCCUGGUGCAGCGGGAACGAGUCACACAUGAAUUUCGAAUACGGGCACUGCAACAGGUCAACCAUGACCUGAGCAAGACUGAGACGCAAACGAGCGAUGCCACCCUCAUGUGCGUCAUAUGUCUCCUCUUAUCCACCGUAAGUGAACCAUCAUGGUCACCAGCGAGUCGCACAACGGGGAUUGACGAGUCGACGCAGAUGCAACAGUCCGCGUAUACAGACUGGCGAGUCCAUCUCGAAGGUGCUCGGAAGAUCAUCAAGCUGAGGGGUGGUCUCAAAGGUAUACUGAGCAGGAACCCUUACUUCAAGCCUCUGUUGGCGCUCUUCGUCGGCAUCGAUGUGAUAGCAGCCACCACCACGCCGACGACGCAUAGGUAUAUGGCCGAAGCGACUUCCAUGGCUUGCCGAUAUUGGGAGGUCGAGCCAGGCUUCUUCCAAGUGAAUCUCGCAAUAAGUGCGCCAUGCCCAGAAGAGCUUUUUCAAACGCUUAUCCUCAUCAACUAUUUGCGGUCAAUUUCUUUGAAACCGAGCUUGAGUGACAGGAGACAGGCAGGAACUCGAAUGGUCCUAAAUAAAAUACGGUCGUUCAAUCCAACAGAGUGGGCAACGCGGAUGAAGAUGUUCAAAGGCUGGAAGUCGUCUGGGGACGGUGUCGAGUUCGUCGACGAUGCACGCAGUCCGUCUCGUCAUAGCCACACGCCCACCCCCUUGCCGACUCCGUCUCAUGCGCCCCGACGUGCGGCCAAUGUCUCAUCGGCAUCGUCGAGUUCUUCGAGAUCCAACUCAGACGCUAAGCUUAACUCCCCUACUGAUAUUCCUGAAGCAGAUCUGUGGCUCAACAUCAGCAUCAUCUACCAGGCCGCCAUCCUGCUCUACGCUAUCCGCACGCUGAUUCUCGACAUGCCUCAGGACAGAAAUGGUCUAUUGAGUGAAAACCCUCGUCUCAACAUCACCCGGUUGCGACAGCACACCCGGCAAACUCUUGCCGACGCCGUCGCACCGGUCUUCUCGGACCCUUCCAGUGCACAUCAGAUUGGCAAACUCAUUUUCUUCCCGGUGUUUGUAUUAGGUAUGGAGGUAGGGCACAAUGAGAAGGAGCUGCAGGAGUUCGUGACGGAUGGCUUAGCGCUUCUGGGUCAUACGUGUGGGACACUGGGGCCCAUCGCUGCAAUAGAUGAGGUCAGGGGUAAAUGGGCUGCGGAUGCGGCGGCCCCUGAAGGCACUCACGUUACAUGGGAUGAGUACUUUCAGGGGAGGCCAGAUUUUAUUUUUGGAUUUUGA